GAUACUGUAAUGCAUUUACCCCUUCCUCUUCUAGACCUGCUUGCACGGCGAGCCCACGCUGAGACAGAAAAGUAUAAAGUUCAGUUCUUAGGACGUUCUGUGAGAAUCCCCACAGCUUUUGUAAAGAUGUGCUCUGUGCAGCUCUUGUUGGUGCUUUUAAGCAUUACAGGAUGUGUCGAACUCAUCACAGUGACGACGAUGCAGAAAUACGUCAAUGUGACAAUUGGUGAAAGUGUCCUGCUCGACUGUACGUUUACCACUACAGCGGCGACAACUUCCGGCCUAACAAUCCAGUGGGAAUUUCUCUCAAAAUCCGCCAUGACUGCACAGCAGAUCUUUUACUAUCAGUCAGGACAGGUUGUUAUUCCCAAGUCUUACGAAGGCAGGCUUCAAACUCCAGCUACUCCAGGGGCCACCAUGAAUGCCUCCAUAACUAUCAGAAACAUGCAACCAUCGGACUCUGGGCUCUACACGUGUGAAGUUCACAAUUUGCCCGACGUUGAUGGACAGUCUCAGGCAAAUAUCGUCGUGAAUGUCCUCGAGAAACCAUCUGCUCCUUACUGCGCCGUCCACGGCAAUGUUGAAUCGGGUCACCUGGUCACUCUGACCUGCCACAGUGAGCAGGGAAACCCAACACCAACCUACAACUGGGCCAAACUGGAUCAGACCAAGACAAGGAGGCCUGUGCUGGGAAGAACAACCACAACUGGAAUACUGGAAAUCAAAAACAUCUCCCAGUUUGAGUUUGGGGAGUACCAGUGCAAUGCUACAAAUGUUGUGGGCUUUGCAACAUGCACCAUUGAGCUGAAUCCUGAAGCGGCAGAUGGGGUUAUCGCAGGCGCAGUUAUCGGAGCGCUGCUCGGGUGCGUGCUGAUCGGCCUGGUUGCGUGGUUCAUCGCUCACACAGUGAAGAAACACAAAUACAACGCUGUUAAAACGGCAGAGGCCAACGAGAUGAAGGGGAGCUCUCCUCCAGCCCAGGAGGCCUAUGAGAGCAUUCCCAAUGCAAACACGGCUGACAACCUUCAGGAUGAGGAAGAAGGCCCACAAGCCUAAAUGCCACUUUAAACAGCUACAGCAUUGCAUUAGCAUCACUAUUAUGUAUCCCACUCUUUGUCAUGGAGAGAAUUCAGAUGUAAUGAGAACAAUGGAGCUAAUCUUCAUGUUUGAAUUUGCAUUUUCUGUGCUUACUCAAAUUCUGACAGUUUUACAGCUUUUUUUUUUUUUUCCAAUUUCAGUUAAGUAAUGUUUUAAAUUUCAAUCUUCUUUUUUCUUACAUUGUGUGAAAAAAUAAACUGUAUGAACAUGAUUCUAAUUUUUUUUUACAUAAAAGGAAAAUCAAAUAAAUCACAUUGAUAAUGUCAUGCCUAUACAAAGGGACAUUAAAUCACAGCCCAGUUUUGAAUGUACUGUAUUCCAUAGGCUUUGUGAAUAAUUCUGUAUUGUUUGAUUGCACUCGUGAAUCCUAUGAAUGAUCAAUAUGCUAAGUUACUAACACUGAGGUUGCACUACUUAUAAUGUGCACAACCAGCUCAGUCUAUGAUUUUGUUUUGUCUUUUUUUCUGAUUUUUAUUAUAACCUGUUUUAAACUUUUUUAAAUAACUUUUUUUUUCAGUAGUAACAGAAGUAAUAAAUGUAAGUUUAACCAUCAAUUUGUUUUGUAUCACAUGCAAACUUUACAGAUCAUGAUUAAAUAAAACAUUUCUGAAUCACCA